AUGGAUAUAUUAAAGAAUGUAUCAUCGGCUUUUUGGUCAACUGAUGUUUGGUUACCGCCUAAUAUAACGUGGGAUGAUAUUAAACCUAAUUCAGAAAAUAAAUACACAAAUUUUCAACAUUUAAUUUAUCCUUUACCUAUGGCAUUAUUUCUUUUGAUAAUCAGAUAUGCUUUAGAAAGAUACUGUUUUGCACCUAUUGGUAAGUCUCUUGGUAUAAAAAAUACAAGAACAAAAAAAGCAACGCCAAAUGAAAUAUUAGAAAAAGCCUAUACUAGUAAAAAAAUUAAACAUAAACAGAUCCUGGCACUGGCUAAACAAUUAGAUUGGUCUGAACGACAAGUAGAAAGAUGGUUGCGAUUAAGACGUACUCAGGAUAAGCCAUCAACACUUACAAAGUUUUGUGAAAACAGCUGGAGAUGUUUAUAUUACACAUAUUCAUUUAUUUAUGGACUCAUUAUUUUAUGGGACAAGUUAUGGCUAUGGGAUAUAAAUUACUGUUAUUACAAUUAUCCAUAUCAUCCAGUUUCAGAUGAUGUAUGGUGGUACUAUAUGAUAUCAAUGGCAUUUUAUUGGUCUCUAAGUUUCUCUCAAUUUUUUGAUGUGAAAAGAAAAGAUUUUUGGCAAAUGUUUAUUCAUCAUAUAGCUACUAUUAUAUUAAUGUGUUUCUCAUGGAUUGGAAAUUUAACUAGAAUUGGUUCAUUAGUAUUAUUAGUACAUGAUUGCGCAGACAUUUUUUUAGAAGCUGCAAAAAUGGCUAAAUAUGCAAAUUACCAAAAAUUAUGCGAUUGUAUAUUUGUUAUUUUUACAAUAUUAUGGAUUAUUACACGUAUAGGUCUUUUUCCAUUUUGGAUAAUUUAUAGUACAUCAAUAAAGGCACCCCAAAUAGUGCCUAUGUUCCCAGCAUAUUAUAUUUUCAACUUCUUAUUAAUUUUAUUAUUACUUCUUCACAUGAUUUGGACUUAUUUGAUUCUUAAAAUUGCAUACAAUGCUUUUUAUGCUGGUCAAAUGGAAGGUGAUAUUCGUAGUAGUAGCAGUGAGGAUAUUUCAGAUACUUCCUUGGAUAGUACUCCAUUGAAUAAUUCUACAAAUUAUAUUACCAAACAAAAUUCGAGACAAAAAAUUCACUAACAAAUAACUUUCUAGAAAAAAAGUUAUUAUAAUGCAAAAGUUAGUAAUAACGCAAGAAUUCUAUUUAGCCGAGAGUUAAUUUAUUUCAGCGAAUUUAAUAAAUCUUUGCAUUUAUCAUAGUAUAAUAAUUAAAGACAUUAACUUUGAUAAAGAAAUUAAAAAGGUCAUUGACCUUUAAAACAUUCACUUGCUUUAUUAUUUUUAAACGUAAUUUAAUAUUCUUAUACAACGUAAAUAAGUCAUAAAAUUAUUUCAUACAUCAGUCAUUUGUUACUUUUAAUGUCGUUACAUGUAGAAAAGUCAACAUUAAGAAUUAUGAUUUAUUCUUUUUAUUACUAAUCAUUUAUUUGUACAUAUUUUAUUUAACAAUUAAGAAAAUCAUAUUUCUUUUGUUUUUUUUUUAUUUUUAAAGUAAAUUUUGAUUAUUUACUCAAACAAAUAAUGAGCCAAAGUUUAAAAAUAUUUAAUAUCUGCAAUUUCUAAAUCUUUUCAAAGUUUAGUGUUUCCAUUAUAUUUAAGAAUUUAUUUAUUAUUCUCAUACACUUUAUAAAUGUCAAAUAAUAUUUUAAAAUUUUUGAAUUAAAAAAAUUAAUAAUAAUAUUUCUAAUAAGUUUAACUUUUUUUAUUUGAUUAACCUUCCCCACUUAAAUUUUUUGAGAAUAUUUAAUUAAUAUAAUAAUUAAUUAAAUGAUAUUGUUAUGAUAUUGUUUCUUGUAUAAGAAUAAAUGUAUUAUUUUCUACUUUAUUCUUGAAGAUAUAUAUUAACAUAUAGACUAUAAAAGUUAUCAAAACACAUAUUAAUAAAAAUCUAGAACAUGUAUAUAAAUGUAUUCAUUUAUUAAAUAACAAACAAAAUGAAAGAUUUGUAAAUAAUUGCUUGUACCAUUCAACUUUCAUGUAUAAUUUGUAUUGUUAAAUUUUUAAACAAAUUUAUUUUUUUUAUAUGAAUUCAAAUUUAUACAAUCUAAUCUAAUUUAUAAAUUCUUUUGUAAUUCAUAUAUGUAAAUUUGAAUAAUAUUUUUUUUUAAUGAAUGUAAUUAUUAAUAAUAAUGAUAAAGGUUUAAUUUGAUAGGUUUAUAUUAAAGGUAAAUAAUGAUAGGUUUAUUUUGGAAAAUUAAUUUAUAAAUUAAUUUGGAUAUAUAUAUCUUAUAAUUGUUUAAAUGUAAUUAUUAAUAAUAAUGAUGAUUAGGUUAAAUUUUGUUCUCUUAAUAAUAUAAUAAUAUAAUUUUUAUAAGAAAUAUCUUAAUAUAAUUUUUUUCAUGUUUUUAUGUUUUUUAAUAAUAUUUCAAAUACUAAAAUCCAAAAAUAUAAAUUUUAAUUCCAAAAUUUACUUUAUCAAAGCUUAUGUUAAAUUACAUAUUUUUAGGAUUUUGAUGCUAUAUUGAUGUAGUUCGUUGUAUAUUCAUUCGAUGAAUCUGUGACUGUUAAUAAAUGAUAUUGUCGACAUUAAUCCUUUUAUUAUCUUUGUUACAAAAAAAAUAAAUAUAUAUAUAAAAUA